UGACGUAACGAACGUAGUAUAAAGUGCAAAGUAUGGCUGAAUAUUGCUGACGAAAGAUGAAAUAGCAGUUUCGUUUGUAUGACAAGAAGAAAGUCGGCUAAGCGUGACGAAGAUGGCGAGUGGACAGCUGUCCAGGGACGAAGCGCUGGAAUGCUCUCAGUGCAGGCAUGCAUGCCACGUGAUGCUCUACUCUAACACAGCAUCUAAGCUGUUUGGCAAAAUUCCAAUCAGGCACAUUGUACUGAUGCAGAUGCGUUUUGACGGUCUCUUGGGCUUCCCUGGUGGGCACAUGAGUUUUGUUGACCCCUCAGAAGAGACACUGGAGGAGGGCCUUACCAGGGAAUUGUUGGAGGAGCUUGGUAUUGCUGUCCCAGUUUCCAUUGAAGAUCAUGUGGAGUCUCGCUUUAGCACAUCUCCUUCAGCCUCUUCUUCGUCCAACAAGCUCAUCCUUCACUUCUAUGUGAAAAAGAUGGAGGAGGAGCAGAUUCGGGAGGUAGAGAAAGCAGCCUCGUCCAUCGCAUCGGAUCACGGUCUUGAGGUGCUGGGAAUGGUCCGAGUUCCUCUUUACACCUUUGAAUCUGGAGGAGGGCUCUCGUGUUUUCUGUCGCACUCUUUCAUUGGCAACGCUCGCUCCCAGCUUAUCGACUCUCUGCUGCGCCUUCACCUGGUGUCCCCUAAGGAUAUACGGAGGGCUAUCCAAAGCUCUCAGAGGAUGCAAGAGCAGACUGUGCAAGACCUGCAGGUCGCCCUGGAGCUUACAGAGGAGCAGAGGAAGUGUCUGUAAAACAUUUCUGCUGGUUAAUGUUGUAACAUAAACCCUCAUCAGACCAGUUUGACCCUAAAAUUACUCCUAAACAUAUAAAUAACUCUGGUACUAUAUACAUAGGCAUUUUUAGGCAACACUUCAUUUCAGCCUUUAUCACUACUGGAAACAAAUCCCCACUCUGGUUUUCAAGCUAUUUCAAUCUUUUAGUUGCCUUGUAUCAUUGGUAUAUUCUUGAUUUGACUUAAAUGUCUCAGCUGCAUUUAUUGUUACAAAUAUUCAUGAAGGGAUUGGUUUCUACCAGGAUAUAGGAGCACGAAACCUUGGCAUGGAGAAAAUUGUGUAAAUGGUGUUUAUAUAUUUUUAGAGAUUAAAGUUCUAAAUGAAA